UGACGCCGGUCAAAAACAUCUGGCAUCUCUGCUCAUAAGUGAAAAUUGUUUUGAUUUUGGAUUUUGGCAAGGGUUGUCGAACACAGGACAUGCUGCACUCGGAGGUGGCGGCUUAGCGCUAUUCGGUACUGGCUGUUUUUACACAUGGCCUAGCAGCUUGCAAGAAAUCGUACCGGCUUUUUUGAAUAACAAGCAAGUCAACAGAACAUUGUUAAUGGAUGACAGCAAUUAUCGACAUACGUACGGUGGGUGCUACGCUACAACUAUAGGAUCGGUGUGCCAUGAACUAGGUCAUAUAUUUGAUCUUGGUCAUACAGCAGACGGCAUUAUGGGCACCGGAUUCGAUUAUAUCAAUAGAGUCUUCACUUUAGUUAGGAAUACGGAAGACUUACCGGAUCGAGUUGUCAAUCGGACAACAUCUACUAAGGCAUCAAUGAAUAGCAAAUUGACAGCUAUCAAACGCCCAGGAGAAUUUCUUCGAAAAUAUCAACAGCAGAAAGAAAGUGAUAUGACGUAUUUUGCAGAUAAUUGUGCUAUUACAUUGCAACUGCACAAAUGGUUCAACCACAACCCUAGCAUAAAUAAUAAUAAUUGUGAUACUAAAUUAAGUUUUAAUUUCAUAACACGCUUUGUAACGAGUGUUAAUUCUUUCAUAAAACUUGUAGAGUUGCGCGAAAAAUGCUAUGGAAUGCUUAAAAUGUAUUGGUCGUUUCUGAAUAGCGCAACUGAUAGUUUUCAAAUUCCGGCGAAUGUAGACCUUGCGGGUCUUACUUUGUUUGUGAUUGACAGCGUUGGUAACAUUCUGAAGCAGGAUUUAUAGAUACUAUAUAAACUAUAUGACAGGCAGUAUUUGUUAUAGCUAAUUAAUAUACCUGUUAAUAAUAACAUUAUUGUAGUGCAAUUUUGAAGAAUUUCCAACAAAUAAAAAAGUGAUUCAUAAAACAAAACAA